AUGGAGCAGUUGAAUGUGUUCAUUUUACUACUGCAUUUGAUGUUCUUUGAUGUCAAAGCACAAUCUUCCACCAGUGAGAAUGGAAAUGGAUCGCUUUCACAAGGCGUUAGUUCGGGUUUUCAGCCAAACCUUGCAGUUGUCAUUGGCGUUAGUUCGGGUUUUCAGCCAAACCUUGCAGUUGUCAUUGGUACCCUCUCUGUCAUGCUGUCCUUGACUUUUAUCCUUCUGAUUUUUGCCAAGUUCUGUCACAGUGCAUCUUCUGUUCCCAACCAACAGAUUCAAGAUGGAGUACUUGUUAAUUCAAGGUCUCGUUUCUCGGGUAUCGAUAGAACAGUGAUUGAGUCUCUUCCUUUCUUUAGAUUCUCUGCUCUUAAAGGCUCAAGGGAAGGUCUUGAAUGUGCAGUUUGCUUAUCCAAAUUCGAAGAUUUUGAAAUUCUCCGGUUACUGCCCAAGUGCAAACAUGCCUUUCACAUAGAUUGUAUUGAUCAAUGGCUUGAGAACCACUCGAGCUGUCCUAUUUGCAGGCACAAAGUCAGUGCUGAUGAUCUUUCAUUCUUGACAUACUCAAAUAGUUUGAGGUUCUUAUCGAAUCAAUCUGAGCUAAGAGAGGAAUUGGAUUUGGAGCUCUUUGUCCAAAGAGAGGAAGAUCAAAAAGGGUCUUCAAGAUUAAGCAUUGGAAGCAGCUUUAGGAAGUUAUACAAUGGUAAGAAAGAAGAAGAACUGCUAACCAAAGAACCUUGUGAUGUCGACGAAAAUCAGAAGGCUUUUCAUAAGCACAAUCACAAGAUCAUUGUGUCUGAUGUUGUCUUCAAGAACAGAUGGAGCAAUGUUAAUUCCUCUGAUCUCAUGAUUUUGAAUUCAGAAAUGCUUAAUGCCAUGUCCAGCAAUAGAUUCUCUUCUUUGGACUCGAAAAACGAGCAGUCCCCGACAGCUAGAGUUAUUGAAGAUGGUCAUGUCAUGAAUAUUAAGGAAGAAAUGGAGAGGAAAAGAGAGUUUGAGAGCAAAUUCAGCCAAAUCAAGCAAGGUAGCUGCGAGUCCGAAUCAAAUUCAAGCAAUGGAUCAAAGGUUUUGAAUGCCACAGGGAAAAGGUCUAUGUCAGAGAUAACAGUUCAUCCAAGAUUCAGAGAGUUCAACAUGAAAAAUAGUAGUAAACAGUCUUUUCCUGAGAAUACUGUGGAGGAGGAAAGAACGAGAAGGCUUUGGUUGCCAAUUGCACAGAGAACAGUUCAAUGGUUUGUCAACAGAGAAAAAAGGUCGCCACAGUACCCGCUAUUAAGGGGGAUCAAACUGGAUAAUGACCCUUUAAAGUCUUGUAACACGAGAGAGUCGUUAAAUGACCCUUUGAAAUCUCGUAACAUGAGGGAGUCGUUAAAUGUAUAG